AAACACCCGUCCAUCUGCCAUCAGUAAGUCUUCAUUUUUUUUUCUUUUCUCCAAUUGUCUUCUGCAUUUUCCCCAUCUACGAAAUAUCUGAUGAUACACAAGCUGGCACCAGUCAUAGAGCGACUUGUACUCCCUUUCCUUGAUGACCAAUAGCUGUAGUCCUUGAGACUCAUUUCUGAUUUAUUUCACUCUUUCAAUAUAAUUCACUCCCGUGAAAACUUUGCUUCAAUUUUGCAGUUUCUAAUUAACGUUGCGUUCCUUAGCUUCCCACCAGAUUAUCACUUUUCCCAAUUAACUUCGACCUCGUUAUCCUUCCACCAUGGUGCUACACAACCCCAACAACUGGCAUUGGGUCAGCAAGAAUGCUGGUGAAUGGACUAAACAGUGGUUCGAGGAGACGUUGACCAAGGUCUCGGCCGAAGAUGGAGAAAUUACCGCCAAGAUUAAUAAGGUUGUCAGCAUGGACGGUGAUGUUGACGUAAGCCAACGUAAAGGCAAAGUUAUAACCAUAUUUGAUGUUAAGCUCGUCUUAGAGUACUCUGGAAGCGCUCCCGGAGAAGAGGAAGUAUCUGGCACAAUUACUAUUCCGGAAAUUGCUCAUGAUACAGAGGAGAAUGAAUUUGUCUUUGACAUAGAUAUCUACUCAGAGGCAGCAGGAAAGCAGCCUGUUAAGGAUUUGGUUCGAACCAAGAUUACACCACAGCUUCGAAAGGAAUUCUUAAAGCUCAUUCCAGCCUUGAUUACCGAACACGGUAAAGAUAUCCAACACGCCGCCGGCUCGAAUCCCUCCAGUGGGUUUGCCACACCCAAGUAUCAUGUGCCAUCGGGUGCUGCUGCAAAGCCGGAAACGGACAAUAGCACUCAGAAGAAUGCCGGCAGCGUUGUCAAUACAACGACGGUGACCGAUCAGGAAGAAUUCCGAACUACUGCUGCUGAAUUGUACCAAACAUUUACCGACCCCCAGCGUCUAGCUGCCUUCACCCGUGCCCCACCGAAAAGAUUUGAUGGUGCCAAAAAAGGUGGAAAGUUCGAGCUUUUCGGUGGUAAUGUAUCUGGCGAAUACGAAGAGCUUGAGGAGCCAACCAAGAUUGUGCAAACUUGGCGACUGGACCAAUGGCCUGCAGGUCACUACUCGAAGCAGGUGAUUGAAUUCGACCAGAAUGAUGUAGAUAGUGUAACCGUGAUGAGGGUUACCUGGACUGGUGUCCCUAUUGGCCAGGAAGAGGUCACUAAACGUAACUGGAGCGAGUACUAUGUGAGGAGUAUCAAGUUGACCUUUGGAUUCGGCACGAUACUAUGAUCUCGCAAGACCAUCUCGUUUACGGUUGGCGCUCUCUAACAGUGGUAGUUGCUGCAAGAUGUAUAAUUCUCCCUCGCUAGCAAUUCCUUAGUCAACCUGUCAUAAUCACAGUUACAAGACAGAUAACUUGGGACUGAUAACUCUCAGCAGACCUUGCAUAUCUGAAUAAAUAAACAUACAUAUAUACA